UGAGUAUAAAUUACCAUGAAAUCCGAAAUUUCUUCACAAUUCCUUGAAGGUGGUGUAAGGACUAACAACCGGAAAAAAUCUUCAUAAUGGCCGCUUGGGAAGGAAAGAAGUAUCAAUUGGUCAAGUCCGAAAACUUGGAUGCAUACAUGAAAGCCAUCGGAGUUGAUGCGGAUAAACAUAAAUUGGCUGACAGUGCAGCCCCAACUGUUACCUUGGUAAAAAAUGGAGACGAAUACGAGUAUGCCACCACUUCCACAAUGCGGAACCAAGUUAUCAAGUUUAAACCUGGAGUAGAGUUCGAUAUGGAUACCUUGGAUGGAAGUAAAAUUAAGACUGUUUGCAACUUCGAAACUCCCAACAAACUAGUCCUGGAACAGAAAGGUGAUAAGGCAGGAAAAAUCACUCGUGAAUUUACCGACACUGAAUUGGUCUCGACUCAUGUGUUCAACGGUGUAACCGCGAAGAGAUAUUAUAAAGCCAUUUAGACAGGCUAAUUCGACGACUUAACACCUAAAUGCUGAAAAUUAUUAAUCCUUCCCUAUAUUUUUGAAAACAAAUGUUCCGAUUCUAAUCUACCUCAUUGGCAGUAUCAAAGAUUUACAAUAAAUUUAAAUAAAAUUAAAA